GCGUAUUUUUGUUUUUAUUAUUGUUGCUUAACUCGAACAAAAUUCCUCGGUUUUACUCACUGAUUGCACUUUGAAUGCACAUGCACUGAUUAGUAGACACAUAAGUAAACACCAGCCAAUGCAGGAGCUGUGAAAACAACUGAAGAUCUGUUUCUGAAUGAAAUAGCGCAAAGUCGUCGAUGGCGUUGUAAAUUAAUGAGUAAUUCUUCGGUUCGCAAAUAACAACAGUGCACUUUAAUGCCGGAAAGCAGUGAGACGCGGCCACUGGUCGCCGCCCAGGACGAGGAUGACGAGAUCCUGGGCUCGGAGGGCAGCUUCGUUCCCGCCUUUCGGCCGCAGGACCACCAGGCGUACAACCUGGCGGAUGAGCGAUGCCUCCUGGAGCGCCAGCAGGACGAGGUGGUCCUGGUGUCUAAUGAGCCUACCGGCGGCCGCCUCUUCACCUACUUCGUGUUCUACCUGCUGGGCAUUGGCACCAUGACCCCGUGGAACUUCUUUGUGACCGCCGAAGAUUACUGGAAGUACAAGUUUCGAAAUGCAUCGAUUAACGCCACCGAUCUGGACGAGGAGCUCACUCCGCUGCAGAAAAGUUUCACCUGCGACUUGGCUUUGACUGCCACUAUCUCGGGAACUACCUUCCUGCUGCUAAAUGCCAUCUACGGGCACCAUGUUUCGCUGCGCACCAAGAUGCUGGGCACGCUGUGGGUGAUCCUCGUAUUGUUUGGGGUCACCACUGGCUUCGUGGAGGUCAACACAGACACCUGGCAGGAGCAAUUCUUCCUGAUCACGCUCAUCAUUGUGGUGCUACUAAAUGUAUCUGCUGCUACCAUGUCUGGAGCCCUUUACGGAGUCGCUGGACUGUUUCCCUCCGAAUUCAUCACCGCCGUGGUCAGCGGGCAGGCCUUGGGAGGUAUUCUCACUGCCUUGGCCUUCAUUCUUGUGCUUGCUUUUGACACGGGCCCGAACACCACCGCAUUCAUCUUCUUCAUCGUGGGCGGAGUGCUCAUCCUGCUGUGCAUUGUGUGCUACGUGAUCCUGGCGAGACAGCCCUUCUUCAGGUAUUACCUCGAGGGUGGCGACAAGUACAAGGUCAUCCGGGCAGUGCCUUCGCACAGCCGCAAUGAAGGAGCCGAGGGCUUGCCGCUUGAGCCAAUUCUGCGGCAGGUCAUGUCGAAGAUAUAUUUGCACGCCAGUUGCCUAGCGCUUCUCUACACGACCACACUGUCUGUCUAUCCGGCGGUUACAGUGCUAAUGCAGUCUGAGCAUGAACACAGCGAGUGGACAGAUGUCUACUAUCUGCCCGUGGUAAAUUAUCUGAUCUUCAACUGUGGUGACUACUUUGGGCGUCUGUUUGCUGGCUGGCUGGAAAGACCCACCAACCAAAACACAUCGCUGUUGUUUAUCGUAGUGCGCAUGGCGUUCGUCCCGUUCUUCCUGUGCUCCAACUCCAGCGAGCACAACUUUCUGCCCGUUUUGGUAAAACACGACUACUCGUUCAUUGCGAUGAUGGUCAUGUUCGCCUUGUCCAAUGGCUACUUCACAAACAUACUACUCAUAAUGGCGCCAAAAAGUGUGAAGCAGCACGAAAAGGAGCUGGCUUCCUCAAUCAUGGCGGCCGCCUUGAGCUGCGGCAUGGCUGUGGGAUCGCUGCUCAGCCUGGUAUUUGUUCAGAUGCUUUGAUCUCGCCGAAACAUGAGUCUGCCGAUGGUGCCUUAGGAAAUUAUAGAAAUUAUAGAAUCUUUAAGUUGAUAGUGUCUUUUACCUGAUAUUGUUUCCAUAUCGUAUAAGUAAGAGGUGUUUUCGAAGUUGAUACUAAUUCUGCUCGACUCUUUUUUACCAUGUUUGUUUCAUGUUGCCAAGAUGUAAGUUUUAAUGUUUUUCUUAUGUGCUAGGAAUAAGAACAUUUUUUAACCACAUUCAAAA